GACCAACUUGGCUCUGACCAUCAUCCAACUGCGCUCAGUCGACGUGCGUCCAGCGCACGAAACAGAUAACCAGGACCCAAUUUUCUGUCAUGUCAGCAACCAGCUCUCCUCCGCAUAGUCGUCGCGCAUCAGUACCUCGACCGCCUCCUUCUCCGUCCCCUCUCCGUCCGUCUUCGCCUCCUACACCCAGCACAGCAGCGGCGAACAUAAGUCGCAGUGCCUCAGGUGGACCAGAAGCAAAGCGCCUCUCUGUACCCUCUUCUCCGCCCCAGAAACCUCGCGCUCGUGACCUUCUACGAAAGCAUUAUGGCUUGGGCGUAGGUCCUCCGCCGCCUUCGCCUGGUGUCCCUGCAGAUCCGAUGAAUUUGGACUCUCCCGCCUUCGACGCGAAGACAUACUACGAACAGCUCAUCACCACAUCGACACUUGCGACUUUGCUCAAGAAGGAAAACGAGCUGAUAUCUGAGAUACGCGAGCUGGAUGGCGAGAGACAAGCGUUGGUGUACAACCACCAUCACGAGCUCAUUGCCGCUAGCGAUACGAUAGGCGCUAUGAAAACUCGAGCGGAAGGCCUUGAUGCGGACUUGGACCUACUCAAGGUCGCCUUCUCGGAAAUCUCGCGCUUGGGAGCAGAGGUAGCAAUCGAGGAUCAGUGAAAUAUAGUUGUCCUCUUUUCUUAUGCCCUCUGUAGUUCGCCUGUAUACACACUCCAUGCAGCGAUGCCGAAGUGGCUCUAUAAAGCGUCUCAUAUGUUUUGAUUGGGAAAGUCGCCCAACGCGCAAGACAGUCUCGG